AUGAGUAGAAGAGGCGUAGUUCCACUGCUCCUUGCAACAGCAUUCGGUAUUGUCAACGGAUUUUGGGUGUUUAGCCCAUCUUUAAAUGAGCAUCGGCAAGCUGCACUGGAACAGGCGCGGAAGCCCUUGGAGACCCCUGAUCAAAUCGAUCAGGGCAUCGACAGUCUGAAAACGCCAGAUAACGUAAAGCCAAUGGCCAAUGAUUCUGCAGUAAACGGACCAACAUUGGAAUCGAAUAGGAUUUCGAAAUCAUGGUGGCCCAGGAUGAGCUUUUGGGCUCAGGCUGAAGGCGUAAGCAAAACUGCUCCAUCGACUACACCACGUUCCAACGACACUCAAAGCAAGAGUGAAGAGAACCGCUCCUAG